AUGGCCACGAAGCACUCGCACCGCCGCAUCAACGAAAAUGAAGUCCACCCGAAAUCUUAUCCCUCCCUCGCCGAUCUGGUGAUAUUCUUCCCGAGACACCACGACUCUAUUCUCAGCGACUUUCAGAAAGUCGCUCUGUAUGGCUUCCGCAAUGAUCCUAAAUUCGACCUCCGAGAGCAUGUCACAAUUUCAACUGCGGAGUUAGUGGAGCCGUAUUUCGGGUUCUUGUCGCGGGAACAGGAAGAGAAAUGUAUCAUUGUGGUGAGCUCACAACCAGACGAGUUUGAGGGGCGGUACGAGAAGAUGAAAGCUUAUGUGGCGAUGCUGUUGCAUGUGACGAUCCAUGCGUUCCAGGAGCUUUGGACGUUUGGGCAUUCGAGUUGUAGGGAUGGGUUUGAGAAGCUGGGGAGAACAGGGCAUGGGAGGGUGUGGCAGGAUGUUGCGCUUGCGGAAGGAGGCGGCGAGGGAUGGAGGGGCUUUGAAUUUGUAUUUGAGGUUGGAGAGGGAGUUUGCUGUGGUGGUGGCAAUGAAGGGGUCUGUAAAAAGGGAGGAUUUGGAGUGAUGGGGCAUGCGACCUGA